CACACCCCGCCGGCUCCUCCUGCCCGGAGACCCCGGCGCUCCCUCGCAAGCACUCGCUGCCGGCUCCGAGUCCUCAGGGCCGCGGGAACCUGCCGACCCAGCGAAGGCGACAGGCGGGCGGAGUGCGGGCUCCCAUGGGGACGGACAGCGGCAGAGCCAGGAUCCUCCUGGACCACGCGGCCACGCUCAACCUGCAGACGGGCAACCUGCUGAACUGGGGCCGGCUGCGCAAGAAGUGCCCGUCCACCCCCAGCGAGGAGCUACGUGACUGCAUUCAAAAAACACUGAAUGAAUGGAGCUCAAAGAUCAGCCUCGAUCUAAACCAGGAAAUGCCAGAUGUCCUGGAAUGUACUGUAGAGCAAGCAAUGGAAAAGAUAAAUCCUGAAGAAAGGGAAGAAUUGAAAGUGUCAGCAAAACUGUUCAUCGCAGGAUCAAACUCUUCUUCAAUCAGAGAUGCAGUUGAUAUGGCAUGUUCUACCCUUGGGGUUACCCAGUUAGAUUCUGUGAUCAUUGCUCCACCUCCUACUGAAGAUGGAAUUAAUCUUUCUUUAGAGUAUUUACAGCCUUACUGGGGAGAACUUGAGAACUUAGUUCAGCACAAAAAGAUUGUCUCCAUUGGUACCUCUGAUCUAGAUAAAACACUGUUAGAGCAACUGUACCUGUGGUCACAGGUGAAACCACAUAGUAACCAGGUAAAUUUAGCUUCCUGUUGUGUGAUGCCACCUGACCUCACAGCAUUUGCAAAACAAUUUGACAUCCAGCUGUUGACUCAUAACGAUCCAAAAGAACUGCUUUGUGAGGCAAGUUUCCAAGAAGCUCUUCAGGAAAGUAUCCAGAACAGUCGGGCACAUGAAUGGACUCCCUUGUGGCUUCUCCGGUAUUCAGUCAUUGUUCAAACCAGAGGCAUUAUCAAAUCGAAAGGCUAUAUCCUGCAAGCGAAAAGAAAUGUCUCUUAAUACAUUUUUCUUUUGACAACAGCCUGCUGUCUUAAUGCUUUGGAAACAUACCAUCUUUUUUGCAUAAAAACUUUGCACGGAGGUGAAAACCAUCACAAGUUCUAAAGAAUACCAGAAGUGGUGACAGUAAGGCCUGGGUUGUCCAGAGGCACAGAGCUCUGACAGCAUUGUCAAAUACUGCACAUUUCUUUCCUAACGUAGAGACCGGUUUACUAAUAUAUGAAAUAUUUUGUGUUCAUUAAACUGUUUUCUAAUUGAGAUUAUCUAAAGAAAUUCAAAAUAUUUUUCUUUAUGACUAAUAUAAAAUUAUCACUAAGUAUAUUUUGGCUUCCAUCAAGGUAAUAUAUAGAAAUUUAUAUAUUUUUGUUUUCAAGAAAGAAACUUAACAUUCUGAAUUUCUUCUGAAGUGCUUAUUCCUACUAGUUAGGUAGCUAUAUAGGAUUUGAGCCGUUGAGUAACUUUUAAGUAGUUUUCUUUUUUAUCCAUAGGAAAAUUCUCUAAGUAAACAGACUAAUUGGAAUCUGAUUAAUUGGUAUAGCUAGUAAGCUGCUUAAUUCACGUGAAUGAAAACCUGGUUUUCUUUUCAUUAUGAUACAAAAGGCCUUUUGUGUUUUAAAAAUAUUUUUUAAAUUAUAUUAGCUCAUCCUGUUUGUUUCUCUACCGCAUUGCUCUUACUGUGUUUAGCAUGUGGACAGGAGUGAUGCCAUUUUCUGUCUUAAAUUGUGCAAUGUAUUGUUGUGUAUUUUACGUGGAAUUACAUGGUCAAAAACAAAUUAAACUGUAGCCAGAA